AUGGCGGCGGCGGUGGAUGAAACACAGAUGGAGUCCUCAGGAGUGAGCGACUCGUACAUUACCUCAACACAGAUGGCUUACACAUCAGAUGGGUUCAACGUGCAAGCCAGAGACUCGGUGACAUUGCCACCCUCAAGUACGGCAGCGUCAAGGAGUUUUUUCGGAUGUACGACUCCAACUGCGACGGUGUGCUCGACUUCGACGAGUUCAGCGAAGAGUGGCGGCAUCGAGCUCGACGAGUUCGCCGACUUCUUGGGUCAGUCGGAGACCAAGGGAGCAUCAUCGGGGGACCCGAGCGCAUUGCAGAAGGAGAAAACGCAGCAGCAGGCAGACGAUGUGGAGGCUCGGUCGGUGACGCUGCAGCCUAUUCAGGACCACAAGGCCCAGCGCAUCAAGAACAAACUCGCACAUUGCGUUCAGCAGGCGGUCCCCAACGCUAGCACUGGACUGGCCGACAACAGAACCAUGUUCCUCAAGAAGCAGUUCGCGUUCUUGAGUGAAGACGCUGCUAGCCGAGGGAUAAGCCUUGAGAAUCUCGUUCAAGCGCUGGGGCCGCGAGGGAUGAACCUUGGGGUGAAUGACGAGGACUUGCGGUUGCUGGUAAAAGAAAUGGACACCAACUGCGACGGAAACAUCACUGUCAAGGAGUUUGCGGCCUUCCUCAACCUUGACGACCAUGACCCUCUGUACCAGCCGCUCUUCGACGGUCGCCGAAGAAAUGUCAACAUCCUUCAGGCAAUGGUAGAGCAGGCACCUCCUGUGGAAAGCCCUGAAGAGGAAUUUUUCAAAGCAAGAGCGGACCACCUGCACUCGGUCGCGGUGCCUUCAAAAGAGUAA